AUGUAAUAAUCAAUAGCAUUUAAAGUUUUUAAGAAUUUCGAUAUUUUUGGACAAAAUAUCCAAUUGAAUUUCAAUGGUGAUGAUUCUUACCAAACAGCCACAGGAGGUAUUUUUUCGAUUACGAUCAUCGCUGUCAUUGCCUUCUUUUUCUAGCAAAAUAUUGUAGAUUUCUUGAGUAAAAAUUAUGUCAAUUUGGAUGUGCAAACCUUAUUUGAUGCGAAUCCAGAUGACAUAAUCUUUAAUGACGAUAAUUACAUGUUCGCCUUAGCCAUCGAAUAAAGCAAAUUUAACACCAAUCCUUACUUCAACAUCACUCUUAAAUAAAGAAUCUAUACAAGGCUAAACAAUGGAACAACAGUCAAAUAAGAUUCAUUCAUAGAUCUGAUACCUUGCACUAUUGACAGAUUUCAAAACAUAUUUAAUAAUUAAAAUUUCACCGAUCAAUUUAUCUCUCUCGGAUUGUCAGAAUGGUUAUGUCCUCAAUACAAUUAUUCAAUCAGAUUAUCAGGAGGAUACACCAGUCAACUAUUUUAAUUCACAAAAGUAACUGUCUCUGAAUGUUCAAAUAAUACUGGCAAUAAUCAAAUCCUAACUUGGAAACCAAAAUGCGCGAGUUCAUCUGAAAGAGAAGCUCAUUUAAACACCGAUCGCUCAUUCAGAAUCAAGAUGUACUUCUCUCCAUUUUAUCUACUAGGUAUAUGACCAACACCAUCAUCAAUCCAUUGCAACCAAAAAACAUAUCCCAGGUCUUCCUUGAUGAUGAACUAUUCUUUUCCUUCCUCUUGCUCACUGGAACAGAAACAGAUGUGUUUUAUCAAAAGUAUAAUGUCACCACCAAUCAAAACAUAUUCCCCUACAUCGAAGAUAAUUAGGAACAAUAAUUCAACAUCAAACAACAAGGAGAUUUUAAAGUCAGCAAUGUCUAAAACAGUGGUUCAUCCUACUCCGCCAUUUACAUGAGAAGAAGUCCGUACACUUAUUCAGUCAAGAGGGAUUUUCAAGAUCUAGCUGAUUUACUCUCCUAUUUGGGUGGUUUUGCCAACAUUGUUGUCAUGAUCUUCGGGUUCUUUAUUUCCUUCUACAAUAAAUCUUAAUGUAUAUACUCAAUCCAAUUAUGUAGUCAUGAUAGAGUUGGCAAAUUAAGUCUACGAUUUCCCAAUUAAGAAUAUAAACAACAUCGAUACUCAGUAGAGAAAAGAAAUCAAAAAGACCAUAGCCAGAGCCAAAAGCAGAACAAUUAUAUAAAAGCCAAACACUCAAAAUUCGUAAUUAGAAUCACCAAAAUAUAAUCAAAAUCAGUAAUUUAUUAUCAAUGAAACUGCUAAAUAAGAUGAUUAAUGCGUGACAAAAUAGGACGAAUAACACACCUUUUAAUAAGAACAAGAAAAAAUCAUUUAGUAAUUAGGUAUCACUGAUAGAAAGAGCUAUUUAACUUAAUAGAUUGAAAAGAUCCUAAAUAGAAGUCGCCCUAUUUUCUUCAAUUGCAGAUAUAUUUUAUACCAACUCUUCUGUUAAAGAUUCUUCUAUGAUAGGAACAGUAUAUUACUAUAAAAAGCUAUGUAAAUCAAAGUAUAUCUAAUUUAGUAAAAACAUCAAUCAAGACUUAGAUCUUUGUGUUAUCAUUGAUAAAGUCAAGGAAAUUAACUUGUUGAAGGAACUGUUAUUAACUGAAGAUCAAUUAGUGUUAUUUGAUUUUGCUCCCAAAGAGGUUAUAAAUUUAGAAGAGGACAAAAAGUUAACUACCAGGAAUUUAGCCAGGAACACUCUCAGAAAUUUUCACCAGAUCUCCAGUAUACUUAACAAUAAGGAUGAACAAAAUAAGUCUAAUCAAUCAAUAAAUACUUACUAUAAGCUUUUUCAGGUGAUUGCUCAAUUUAUUAUAGGCUUAUGAUCGCAUUCAUUAAGCAUUGUAAUAGAAUGAUAAGAUCAAUGAAAAGUUGAUUGGGAAGUUGGGACAAGAGGUUCGAGAUAUUUUUGAAGUUUCUCAGUUUAUUUAAUGGGAAAACAACAGGAAAUUGAAUAGUGAGCCUUUGGAUGAUGAGUUUUAAUGUGAUUCUGUAAACUCCGAUCCUCCUUGCAUUACUAGUCUAGAUUAAUUUAAAGUUAAUUUUAAAUUAAAUAGUUGA